UCAGGCAGGUGCUGGCAGAAAAGCUGCUGGAGAGAAGUUUUAAGCUUUUGAGAGACCCGAAAGCAGAACUGACUGACCGGAGCUGACUUGGAAGCAGCAGCUGCUGCAAGCAAAUAGCAUGGCAAAGCCAACGGAGAGAGGUGAAGGUAAAAUCAGAAUUUCCCAUGAACUAUCAGCAGGGGAAAAAAUAGGCACAAGGAACAGAAAAGUGCGGGUGAAGAAAUGCCUGGAUAACCUUGGAAUUCCCUGUAAUCUGGAUGACGUGCCGAAUAUCGCCAUCUUGGGGGCUGGGGGAGGCCUCCGGGCCAUGAUAGCCCUGUAUGGAACCCUGCAGGAGCUACAAACUCAGGGCCUCCUGGAUGCCAUCAUGUACCUGUGUGGGGUCUCAGGGUCAACUUGGUGUAUGUCGUCUCUCUACAAACAUGAGGACUGGACAGAGAAAUUGCAGGCCCUGGUGGAACGCAUGUGCACUCGACUUGACAAAUGGACCUGGAACCUCCCCAAAGCCACAAAAAUAUUACUUGAGGCAGCUAAGGAUGAAAACUACUCACUGACCGAUUUCUGGGCCUACACUGCGAUCUAUGGAAUGAUACACGAGCUGGACAAGGGACACUUGUCGGAGCAGCGGGGUGCAGCUGAGAAUGGAAGAAACCCCUACCCCAUGUAUGCAGCGGUGGAUGAGCAAAGUUUCAGCAAAGUAACUGAAUACUCUGCAGCAACCUGGUUUGAGUUCAACCCCCAUGAAGCUAGUUUUAUUGGCUAUGGAGCAAGUGUGCCCAUAGAAUUCUUUGGAAGUGAAUACAAGGAUGGGGAGCUAAAGAAGAAGAAAGAAGAGAAAAACAUGAGUUACCUUCAAGGUCUUUGGGGAAGUGCCCCAGGCAGCAAAACGGAAAAUGAAAAAGUCAUAAAAGAUAUAUUGUUUGGCUUCUUUAAGGGGAAAAAAGACUCAAGCUCACCGUUCGCGGCAGAUCAAGGAAGUUGUCCGGAAGGACAUGUUGAGGGGUUUCCAACACCUACCAUGGAACCUGAGGAUGAUGACAUGGAAGGCACAUUUCAGGGUGAGCCAGAAGGAUCUUCACCAGAUCCACCAGCCCCAGAAAGCUCUGACAAGCAGUCCGGGAAUGUUCCUCAAUCUGAAACUAAGAAGAAAUCAAUUGCUGGAAACAUUAAAAGCGGCAUAGGCUCCGUGGUGGAUUUCGCUAGAAUGUGGCAGAAAACUACUCAGGGUCUCUUGACCUGGAAAUGGGGAACGAAUAACAACUUUCUUUACAAAUGCUCUGCUCUGGAUGCCCCGGUGCUGACAAAGGAGAAAGUCGUCUCCUUGGUUGACGCGGGCAUUGGCAUCAACUGCGCAUUCCCCCUGGUCCUCCGCCCACAAAGAAAAGUGAAACUGAUCCUCUCCUUCGACUAUGGCCCUUUUGAACCAUUUAUGGCAAUCAAGCAAACAGCCAAAUACUGUAAAGAAAACUGCAUCCCAUUUCCGGAAAUAGACGAGAGUUUGCUGAAGGACCCAGACAACCCCUCUGACUGCUACAUCUUCAGAGGAGAGGGCGCACCCACCGUCAUGCACUUCCCACUUUUCAACAGAGUGAAUUGCCCCGCCUAUGUGACCGAAUGGAGAAUUAGAUUCACCCCCAUUCGCUGUCUCUACCAUAUGGGAGACAUCACCAAAGUCCUCCAGUCAGCCAGACUGAAUGUGUCGAACAACAAAGACAAGAUCCUACAAGAGAUCAAACACCUUGUGGAUCGCUCCAGCAAGAAGGCGAUAUCUUAAGACACCUCCAUCUACAUUCUAUGUUAAAGCUACCCGUUGGAUUCUGCAAACUACAGAGCUGUCUCUUGGCUUGAAAAUAUCAUUAUUUGUGGUCUGAAAAUGUUAGUACUGGUUCCUGAGUUAGCCCUUUUUGACUUGACCACACCAUAGAUCAAUCACUACAGUGCUUUUGCUCAUUGGUCAAAGACAAAUUCUCUCUUGGAGGAAUCUUUGCUUGCCACUGUGAAUUAUUGCUAAAUCUGCCUCCGCUCUGUGGGAUGCCAAGUGUCUUGUGUUUCCAGCUGCACAAACAAUGGUCAAUCAAUAAAGCCUUUAAAAAACA